AAUGCUGCUCUCCUCCUUUCACAACUUUCUCCUCUCCUCCCCUGUUUUUCUGUGUUUUCUCCUUUCUUUCUUCUCCAAAUGCAUCUCAAAUUCAACAAAUCUUUCCAUAUUCUUGUCAUUUUCAUCAUAUUUUUCGUCUUCGCAAAUGAAACUCAAUCAGUAGACCCCAAUUUCGAGGCCUGUAUGCCUCGAAAUUGCAGGAAUGGUCCAAAUAUAAGUUACCCUUUUUGGAUUACUAAUUUACAUGAGUCUUGUUGUGGCCAACCAAACUUUGAGGUCACUUGCAAUGGCGGAAACCCGGUUGUUGCGAUAUCCGAUGAUGAUUAUGUCAUUGAAGAAAUAUUCUACACCAAUAAUUCGUUUCUCUUGGCCAAUUCCAUGGUCUACGAUUUUGAAAAUACAUGUCCAAUUCCUCUGCAUAAUUUUAGCAUUGAGGGAACUGCAUACAACUAUAGUCCUAGUUAUGUCGAUCUCUUCUUCUUCUACAAUUGUUCAACGUAUCCUAUUAAAGAUCCGACUUAUCGAGUUGAUUGUGCAAGCAAUGCUGCCGAUUUAUCAUUUGCUGUUUUUCACAAGGAAGUUUUGGAGUAUGAGAAUUAUUCGAUUGACUCGUGCAAUUCUUGGGUGAAUGCACCUGUGGAGACUGGAGAUAUCAAGAAAUUGUUGGAAAUGAAUUUCACUGAUGUUUUGAGAAGAGGGUUUGUUUUGCAAUGGAGUGAAGAUUACUGUAGUGAUUGCAAGAGAAGUGGAGGGAACUGUGGUUCUAUUAAUAACAAAUUUACCUGUUUUUGCUCCGAUAAACAACAUUCCAAAACCUGUGACGACGGGCAUAUGAAGUGGAGAACAACGCUUGGUAUAGGGCUUGGGGCAGUGGGAGUUAUUGUGGUGGUGGCUAUUGUUUGCAUCAUUUAUCAUCGCAGGAACAAAAAAUAUAAUGCAACAUCGUCUUGGAUAUCUCGAUACACUUCUCAUACAUCUUCAAUGAAUGAUAUUGAAAAGGAAGCAAGGUACUAUGGAGUCCAAACUUUCGGCUAUAAUGAACUCCAAAAAGCCACCAACAAUUUUGAUUCCAAGAAAGAAGUUGGAGAUGGAGGAUUUGGCACUGUAUACCAAGGCAAACUUCGAGACGGGCGUGUAGUUGCAGUGAAGCGAUUAUACGAACACAAUUUCAAAAGAGUGGAACAAUUCAUGAACGAAAUAGAGAUCCUCACCCGCCUCCGCCACCCAAACCUCGUCUCUCUCUACGGCUUCACCUCCCGCCACUGCCACGAGCUCCUCCUUGUCUAUGAAUACAUCCCCAAUGGCACUGUUGCCGAUCACCUCCACGGCGACCGCGCAAAGCCCGGUUCCCUCUCUUGGACUACAAGAAUGAGCAUUGCAUUCGAAACUGCUAGCGCGUUGGCUUACCUCCAUGCUUCUGACGUCAUUCACCGCGAUGUCAAAACUAACAACAUCUUGCUCGACAACAGUUUUUGCGUUAAAGUUGCUGAUUUUGGACUUUCUCGUCUUUUCCCAACUGAUGUGACCCAUGUGUCCACGGCCCCACAAGGUACUGCGGGUUAUGUGGACCCCGAGUACCAUGAAUGCUACCAACUUACUAAUAAGAGUGACGUUUAUAGUUUUGGAGUUGUUUUGAUCGAGCUUAUAUCGUCUAAGCCAGCUGUGGACAUUACACGGCAUCGCCAUGAAAUUAAUUUGUCUAAUAUGGCGAUUAAUAAGAUUCAAAAUCAUGAACUUCAUGAGCUUGUUGACCCGUGUCUUGGGUUUAACUCGGAUUAUAAGGUGACAGAGAUGAUCAAGGUGGUUGCUGAGCUGGCGUUUCAAUGUUUGCAAAAUGAGAGCGAUAUGAGGCCAUCGAUGAAAGAAGUGUUGGAGGUUUUGAAGGAAAUCAGCAGUGUGGGUUAUGAUAGGAAGGUUGCUGACGAGAUGGACAUACCAGCAGAUGAUGUUGUGUUUUUGAAGAGUGAUCCACCAACCCUUUCGCCUAAUUCUUUGAGGCAAAAUUGGGUUAGCAGGGGAAGUACCACAUCUAAUGCUAGUAGUAGCUAAGUUAGUGUAUCAUUUUAAUGCAGUCAAGAUUCAUUUUAUAGUAAAUUUUGGGUGAUAAUGCCAUCUUAUUUCCAUAAUGAAUAUGAAAGUUACUAUGAAUUAUAUUAAUGCCUUU